UCAGUCAUGGGGCCAGUGGGAGCAGUGGCUUACAGCGUCAUUUUUAAAUGAGACAGAACAAACAAAGUUUUUGUCUUUAGACUGCGCGGCAGAUCACUGUUUAUUCUGUGGGUCCCGUGCUCCCGAUCGAAGCAUGGUUACUUGCGCUGACGUCAUGUUUCAUAUCACAAUAACGUUCCAAAGCGGUAGACGACGGGCGGUAUGGCCCUUUGAGACUGCCUCUUUCACUUCCGUUUGUAUUGCGCGGUACUCACGCGGCGCUCAGUUUUCCCUCUAACCCCAACUCCACGGUCACAUGGGGGUCUGCAAGUAUCCACGAUCGAUGGCGAUUACGAUAACACCCGGACGUACCUGGUGGGCAUGGCGAUCACGCGCCAGGAAAGGCAUCUCUUUACAAGACUGGCAACAAAUGCCGGGGCCCUGGGCCAGAUGCUCGAGUGUAUAUAAAUGACUCGACGGAACGUUUUUCAGCAUCUACCCCACCUACCCACACCAAGCCCGUCUCCAAAACUCCCCCAGCUCCACCAUGUGCUGCUCACACCGCUCCACGUCUACCACGUCGCCCGCCGUGCCCGUUUCGAAGCAGACGACCGAGCCUGCCGCCCCAGUGCUGAACAAUGGCCCGCAGUGCGCGCACUGCGGAUGGCGCGGCGGAGGACACGCGAACAACUGCCCCUUCCGUUGAGAACCGAAAUACACGCCUACUCUGCUCUCGCUCUGCCUCCCUGCUUUCUUCCCCACUAUAUUGAUCAGAUGAUUGACGCAAUGAUCAAGACCCCAGGUAGCCGACUAUCGCAAUAUCGCAACAUCGUAAUAUUCGAAAAGCGCAACAUUCGAGAUAGGAUCAGCGGCCGGGUCGCCGGCGCGAGCAGGCUCGUCGCAAGUCCGGACUCCCAGGCGACAUUCCAGGGCAGCGGUUCGUACGUCGUGUUCGACUGGGGAAGGAGCCCGCUCAAGUUGGACGACUCGUGCCAGCCCGCACGGCUGCAGAACUGGGACAGAAUCCAGACGUUCCACGUGCCGCGAGCCACGGGGCUGCUGACGCAGACCGUGGGACAGCAGCGCGGCGGGUUCCGCUUCCUGACGAUUGUGAGUGCGAGCGCGGACCCGCUGACGAUCUCGAACAUCUCGCUGGCGAUCACGUUCAUGCCCCACUGGGAUGAUCUCAGGGCGUACCCGGGCUACUUCUUUGCACCUGACCCCGGGUUCCACGACAUCGACUUCCUCACGAAGAUCUGGCACUAUAGGGUGCAGACCAACACAAUCCCUCCCCACACGGCGCGACAGGAGCCGUGCCCAGCAGGAGGUGGCUGGUCCAACGAUGCCUUGGGAGGAGCUGCCACUGGGCCUAUCCUCGUCGAUGGUGCAAAACGCGACAGGAACAUCUGGCCAGGCGACUGCGGCAUCUCCACACACACGGAGCUCGUCGCGCUGAGCGACAUGGAGCCGACCAAGAACUCGUUGAUGGUGAUGUUCCGCACGCAAAACCUGACGACUGGCGCGCUGCAGUACUCCGGGCCGCCGCUGAACAACCAGGGAAGCGACACGUACAUCUCGUGGUCGCUCAUUGGGACGCACAACUACUUCCUGUACACGGGCGACCUCGAUUUCAUCAAGUCUGUCUGGGCGAACUACACCAAGGCGGUUGGCUUCCUUGAGGGCCAGGUGGACUUGACCGGCCUGAUGAACGUCUCGUCUGCGCUCUCGAACGACUGGGGCAGGGCCAGCGGCGCCGGACACAACUCUGCGGCAAACGCGUUGCUUUAUCGCGUGAGGAUUGAUUUCUGUCUCUCGCAUCAUGUAUCCGCGCUCAUCAAGCUCGUAGACGCUCGUCACCACGGCGGACCUGGCGACGCAUCUCGGCAAUGUCUCCCUCCCCGCCACAUACCUCGCCAACGCGACCAAGAUCAAAACUGCGUUCAACAGCCUGCUGUGGGACGCCGCGGCGGGCCGGUUCCGCAGCAACGACCUGCCGAGGAGCAUCCACCCGCAGGACGGCAACGCGCUCGCGGUCCUGUACAACCUCACGACAUCGGACGCACAGAACAAGGCCGUGAGCGCCGGGCUGAUGAAGUUCUGGACGCCCAUCAGGCCGUGGCUUCGAGGUGCGUGUUGCGCUGGUGGUUUGUGGUUUGCGUGUCACCUGCGCGACAGAUCCAAGCGCAUUUUGUGGCCGGCAAGGGCGAGCGGGCAAUUGAUCUGAUCGAGCGCGAGUGGGGGUACAUGCUGGAAACCAACUUGAGUGUCAAGUCGCCGCUGCUAGAGGGCUUCUCGGCCAACGGAUCGCUCGGGUGCGUGUCGUAUCAAUCAGCUGCGGCAAGCUGUUGGUCCUGA